AUGACAUCGCUUGUGCAUAUCGUACGCCAUGGUGAAGCACUUCAUAACGUUCAGCGGGGCUAUCCGGACAGAGAUCCGCCAUUGACAAAAGCCGGCAACGCCUCCACCAAACGCAUCAAUCUCAAUGUUCGGCCAGACCUGAUUCUUAUCUCACCCAUGACACGCACGAUCGAAACUGCUAUGAACCUUUUCCCAUUCUUGACUGGGGCAGGUCCUUGGGAAGUUCCUACCCAGAUCUGGCCCAAUCUUCGUGAAGCCAACGACGCCAUUUGCAACAAAGGUCUUUCACGGGCAGAGCUGGUAUCGAAAUUUCCGCAGUUCGACUUCUCUGAAUGUCAUGAAGAGUGGGACUAUCCAGAACACAGCAUAGAAAGCGCUACUACGCGUGCAGAAAAUGUACGACGAAGGUUGAAACAUCUGUCCGCAACAUACAGCAACAUCGUUGUUAUUACGCAUCGAGGUAUCAAAGCUUUCCUUGUGAAGGGGAAGCGCUUUGGACUAGCCGAGACAAGGUGCUACCGCUUUGCUACUGAGGAAGAAACCCAGGAUGACAAGAUCAGAAGAGGCGUCAACACUGAUACAGGAGAAGAGCAAGAUUUUGGACCGACGGUGUUGAUAUUGGAAGAAAGUCAAAGAAAAGAUCGGUGA